UGAUGCUGCACCCUCUGCCCCUUGUUGACCUCCACGCCCGCACGAAGAUGAGAUAAUGAAGUGUGAAAUCGAAGUUCUGUUCCGUCGGUGCGAAGCGUUUGAGUUUGAAAUAACGUAGAUGAGUCCCAUUGGGACCGAUCGAUUCAGAGGGCUGAUAUCAAAAGUGGAAGCUUAACUUAAACGUGAAGAUUAGUGUUUUCUUUAGAAGAACGUUAACGAUCCGAUCUCAGCGCCUGGUGGAUAAAUAUUUCCUUGGAAAAACGUUGAAUAUAAUGAGCGCAUGUAGAAGCACGAGGAAAAAGCAGGUGGUGGUGGUUCUCUGGCGAGCACUGGCUCUGUUGGGGGUGUGUGUGUGUUUGGUACGAGCCGUACCGUUGAUCGGGAAUGACUCCGUGCCACACAUAGUGACCGAGAUGGACAUGGUUUCGCCGGAAAUGGAGUCGGAGUUGUCGCAGGACGGCAACCAUACCCUAUUGCUGGAAGCGAACAACACCUUUCAGCACAUACAUGAACCAAUAAUGGCACAAUCGAAGCGAGCGAUGUGCAAAUGCUGGAACUCGACCGAUGAGUUUCUCGAUGAACUACAUUGUCGCUGCGAGGGCAGCUCUAUAGUGCGGGUUCCACAGAAGCUAACCGCCAUGCACAAACUAACCCUGGAGAAGGUGGGCAUCAAGCGAUUACGGGAAAAUGCCCUAUCGGUGUACGCGGCCGAUCUGCAGGACUUAUUUUUCAUUUAUCUUAAGGAAUUUCAUCACAUCGAAGGACGAGCGUUCGCCAGGUUGAGGAAUCUACGGACCCUGUACAUAGCACAUGCCCCCAAGCUGCAGUUCCUGGAGUCGAACGUUUUUGAGGGCAUUUCCACCAAACUGAAGUCAUUGCGCAUCAUUCACUGCGGGCUGCUGGCAGUACCGGAUAUGCGAAUGCUCUCGGUUCACAUCAUUCUGCACAUGGUAGAUUUAGACGGAAAUCAGAUCCAGGAGAUCCACGAGAGAGCCAUUCAAAUCAAGACUGAUGAAUUAAUUCUAGAUAAUAACGCACUCACACAGAUCCAUGGCGCAGCAUUUUUUGGUUCACAGGUGGCCAAACUAAGUCUGAAGCUCAACUUCAAACUGAUACACAUCGACCCGUCCGCUUUCGUCGGAAUGCGAAACAUCAGAGAGCUGGACCUUUCCGGGACGGCACUGGAGGCCAUGCCAACCGAAGGCCUCAGCGAGCUAGAAAUUCUUCGAAUACAGAACACUCAUUCGCUCAAGACGAUUCCAUCGGUGUACAAUUUUAAGAAUCUGCAAACCGCAUACCUAACGCACUCGUUCCACUGUUGCGCGUUUCGGUUUCCGGCCCAACACGACCCGGACGGGCACGAGCAGAAUCUACGACGGUUCCACGAGGAUCAGAAGAAGUGCAUCGCCAAGGGGUUCGCCACGCCUAAAGUGAAGCUGACCGGUUUCGGCGAACUGGCCACCGAUGGGACCAAACGAGUUGGUGAACAGUCGAGAUCCGAUCUGACCGAUGGUUGGCAUCGGGAAAAACGUUACGCUUAUCCACCUCCACCGUCCGAAGGCGAAGGCCCCGGCAGUUGGUGGCGGUUGCUAGCAAGAAAGAGCAUCAAUUUCCGGGCAGAUGAAGCGAACCCAAAUAGUCUAGAUGACGGCGUGAGCCCCCAGAAGAGCGAACAUUCCGCGCUGGGUGAUAGCUAUUUUCAACCCAUUACCGGGCUCCCCAUCGACACCAUCAUGCGGGAGGACGUGUACACCGACCAGUACACCGAGAACCCCCUGCCCGGAGUGUUUCACGAAACCGAAGUGCAAACCUCAUCGAUGGAAGCCCUCUGUGGGAAUCUCACCCCCACGACGAUCGAUGUAAAAUGCUACCCAAUGCCGGACGCGUUGAAUCCCUGCGAGGAUGUUAUGGGCUCGCACUGGUUGCGGGGAUCCGUUUGGGUGGUGGUCCUGCUGGCGGUGUUCGGCAACGUUGCGGUGUUGGUGGUCUUAUUUUCAAACAGGACUGAUUUGACCGUGCCGAAGUUCCUCAUCUGCCACCUGGCCUUUGCGGACCUGUGUAUGGGGCUGUACCUGCUGCUGAUUGCCUCCAUCGAUGCGCACUCGAUGGGAGAGUACUUCAAUUUCGCCUUCGACUGGCAGUACGGUUUCGGUUGCAAGGUGGCCGGCUUUCUCACCGUCUUCGCCAGCCAUCUGUCGAUCUUCACGCUGACCAUCGUGACCCUGGAGCGUUGGUUUGCCAUCACCCACGCCAUCUACCUGAACAAACGCAUCAAACUGAAGGCGGCCACCUACAUCAUGAUAGCCGGUUGGAUCUAUUCGGCGAUAAUGGCUUCACUGCCCCUGUUCGGCAUUAGCAACUACUCCAGCACCAGCAUAUGUCUGCCGAUGGAGGCACGCGACACGUGGGACAUUGCCUACCUGCUGACGGUGCUCGGUAUCAACGGGUUGGCGUUCAUCAUCAUUGUGAUUUGCUACGCCCAGAUCUAUCUAUCACUCGGCAAGGAAACACGUCAAGCGGCUCGAACAGCCCACAGUGGCGAAAUGACGGUUGCAAAGAAGAUGGCGCUGCUGGUAUUUACGAACUUUGCAUGCUGGGCACCGAUAGCUUUCUUUGGCCUCACAGCCAUCGCCGGAUAUCCACUAAUCGAUGUAACCAAGUCGAAAAUUCUACUGGUAUUCUUCUAUCCACUCAACUCGUGUGCCAAUCCCUACUUGUAUGCCAUUCUGACGAUGCAGUACCGGAAGGACUUUUUCAUGCUACUAUCCAACUAUGGUCUCUGCACCCAACGUGCCCAACAGUACAAAAUGACCUACUCGAUGCCGACUAACACAAUCCAGAUCGUCCCAGCUAGAGGCUCCCUAACCACCACCGGAAAUACGUCCAACACGAAUGGAACCACCACCAGCUGCACCAACAUGAACAACAGCUGCACGGUCAACAGUUUGAACGGAAUCGUCACCAAUUACACGGUGGUAGAGGAUGUGAUUGUGAAGAAUGAAAGACUAAACAGCGUUGCGAGUACCGCCGUGGAAGAACAGGAAAGCGAAACUUUUCUCUGAAUUGCCAUACGAGAACACGGGUGCCAUAAAACGGGGGCGUGAGCUUUCGCUUUCGCUCCCACCCUUUUAUAGCAGAAAGUACAAGCGAAAUCUCGAUUAUUCGGGCCCGGCGGGUACGCAUCUUUCCGCACUGACAAUGAAAAUACGGUCACCCCGUAACCAAGAAAAAUGUUCAUUCCCAAAAGUAAAUGUGAUAACUGCAUCCUAGGUGUGAAUUCAAACAGAACGAUGUAUUUAAGAGUAUCUUUUCAAUCGAAUGCACACCCACCCUCACAGUGUAUCUUGAACGGUGAUAAUGAUGAUGACCCUCCGGUCGAGAAGCUCGUCAAGGUGAGGGAGAGUGGAGG